UAAUGGUGUCGGAUUUUCUUUUGCAGGAAAAAGAAGGGCCAGCAACCGACUGGGAUUCUCAUCCAUGCAGCUAAAGCAACUGGAUUCACAUCGGUGCACGAAUUGUUGGAUAACAAAGGGUCUGAAGUGGUUAUCGCUGCUGACGGUUUAAGAAGUCUGAGCGCAGGAAAUCCUCCCAGUUUGAAAAGGGGUACAGGAGCUUCGAAAAGAAGCCGCAAUUUGGAGAAAUUCCUUGAUGGUCAGGAUGCCGUGCUUUCGGUUGACAGCAAUGCUGAGAAAGAUGAAUCGCUUCUGAAGAAUGAAAGAACAAAGUCAUCAAAGAAGCUAAAAUUUAUAAGUGAGAAUAGUGUUGGGCUUGCUGAUGACAAUGCAAAACCAAAAAAUGGUAAUAAGGAAGCAAAAGACGUAAAGAAAACCUCUGUCAAUUCAAAAGAUGAUGACAUGCAUUCAGGAAGCAAUUUGCCAAGGCCUCCUAUACAAUCAAAUGGAUGUGAAGGUGGUGUCAUAGCUGAGAAAGAAAAAUUACAAAGCAAACCAACAAGCAAGAAACCGGUCUCUCAGAAACAUGUCACUGGAAAGUCAAAUUUUGCUGAAGCCAAAGUGUUAGUUGACACUCUGAACACAAUUGCUAAUGGCAAAAGUCAUCUGAAAGCGGAUAAGUCCAGGAAAUGUGCCAUCAAAAUAAAUCAGCCAGACCAAGAAAAUGUUGCGCCUGUGGUUCCUCUGGGCACACCAUUACUAGAGGUUGCAGGGUCUGAUUGGACAGCUGAGGAUGUUGGAGCAGCGUUGCAAUUUUUGGAAUUCUGCAAUGCCUUUUCAGAGGUUCUUGAUGUACAUAAAGGAGAACCUGAAUGUGUUCUUAGAGAAUUAGCAAGAGGACGGGUUGGGCGCGGUGGACUUUAUUCUUCAGUUGUAAAAUUUCAUGUCAAAUUGUUAUCAUUUAUCCAAAAGGACAUGGGCGAAGAUUCCAUCUCAUAUUCUGUGAAUAGCGGAGACAAAUGGUUGCAAUCUCUUGUUAAAUACAUAGAUGAGAAUGCUUCUGUUUUAAAGAUGUCUUUGGAUUUCUUGAAGAAGGAUUCAUUGUCAUAUGAUAGCAUGGAUUGUUCAAAUAAGCUCAGACUUUUGAAUCUACUAUGCGAUAUGACUCUAGGAACUGAAGCACUUAGAAACUGGAUUGAUGAAGAAAAUAACAAGUAUAUUGAAAGAAAAAAGGAGGCGAAAGAGAAUAUCAUUGCUGCCAAGAAAAAGGGUAAUGAUCUUAAGAAAAAACUAAAAGAUGAUGUUGCUAAAGCUAUGCUAUCUUUAAAAGACAAACCGCUUUCUGUUGCUGAGCAUGAGAAACUCGUUUCUCACAUAAGAACAAAAACAGAGAGAGCUCAUGCUGAGAUGCUUGAGAUGAUGGAGCUAUUGCCAACUAAUCCAUAUAACAGAAGACCAGAUGCUAUUCGGACCGAGCCCAUAUUUCUGGAAGAAGCAUGUAUUUACUGGAAACUUGCAGGCUGCUUUAGCAAUCUGAAACUCCGACAAGAUUUUGGUAGUUGGAACUCUGAGAGACCCAAGGAUAAAUGGUUUCUAUAUAACGAAGAUGAGGAGAAAGCAGUUGAUAGAUAUAUUUCCUUUUCACGGGUGUGCUAAGUUCCUUAUUGUCUUCGUUGAAGCUUCAAUUGCUGCGGAUUUUGGGCCCUCGAAACAAGCUUCUCUUGAUGUAAUACUCCCCAACUCAUGUAACAAGAACUGAUAACUUUUUGUGCUUAAACUGUAAGCUUAUGCUAUUCAAUUUGUUUAACCUGUAAUUUUCAUGCAAUCCUGCCAUAUUUUGGUGUUGGUUUGGACAGUAUCUACAUGAUUGAGAUAUGACAAUCUUAUCUAAUAGAUCGAACUGCAGUUGUAAGAACA